AUGCAGCUCGAGGUCUACAGGGGCCGCCCGUCGACGACCGCGCCACCUCCUCCUCCUCCUCCGCCCUCUUCCGAUUUCAGGAGCUACAGCAGCUCCUACGCUUACUCCAACGCCGGCCCUAAGGAGUUGAAGGGCAACCCCGAGUUUGGCCCUUCCUCCUCCAGCCGGGGCGUCUGGCUCUUCAGCGAUCCCGAUUUCCAGCGCAAGCGCCGGGUUGCCAGCUACAAGGCCUACGCCGUCGAGGGCAAGGUCAAGGGCUCCCUGCGCCGGAGCUUCCGCUGGCUCAAGGACAAGUACUUCCGAGUAGUCUACGGCUGGUAG